AUGAUACCAGUGUUGCAGACUCUGUUUCAAGUCUCAGAGCAGCACUUUUCCGAGGCAUUCAAUGCAAGUCAUCGAAGGAGCUAUCCAAAUGCAGCUGGAAUUACACGUAACGACUGUUCGUACUCACGGAAAGAUUAUGUGGCUAUUGGAAGCACUUCCGUCAGCGCAUGCUUACCAGGUGUGGAACAGAAAAACUUCGAUGAGAAACCUGUGGUCAGUGAGGUACAUUUUGCUAUAUGCUGUCAAAAUGCUCUGCUUGGCACCUCUCAGCGUAGUAACGUUCCUACAUUCUCCAAGCUGCGGAUUUCUGUGGAUUUGUUGCAAAUUACGAGGCUCAUGCUUAAAUAUUCGUAA